CUCUCUCGGUCCCGCCUCGGGGGCGGAGCCGAGGUCCGCGCAGACCGAGACCCAGACCCCAGGAAAUUGGUCUGCGACUCCCUCCUCCACUCACGCCUGUUCCCUCCCCUUUCCGAGAGACCGAUCCCCCACCCUCGGCCCGCCCCCCUGUGCCCCGCCCCGCUCUCCCACCAGGCUCAUCCCGCUGGAAUGCCAUGGAGCGAGGAGACACUCCGCAGGACAGGUACCACCUGGUUGGGAUCAGCUUCUUUAUCCUUGGGCUGGGCACUCUCCUUCCCUGGAACUUCUUCAUCACGGCCAUCCCGUACUUCCAGGGGCGGUUGGCGGUGGCCAAUAGCACCAACGGGACCUUGGGGACCAACCACAGCGGCCCUGCAGACGCCUUCAACUUCAACAACUGGGUGACGCUGCUGUCCCAGCUGCCCCUGCUGCUCUUCACGCUUCUCAACUCCUUCCUGUACCAGUGCAUCCCUGAGUCGGUGCGGAUUCUGGGCAGCCUGCUGGUCAUCCUGCUGCUCUUUGCCCUGACGGCGGUGUUGGUCAAGGUGGACAUGAGCCCCCGACCCUUCUUCUCCAUCACCAUGGCCUCCGUCUGGUUCAUCAACUCUUUCUGUGCCGUCCUGCAAGGCAGCCUCUUCGGGCAGCUGGGCACCAUGCCUUCCACCUACAGCACCGUCUUCCUCAGCGGCCAGGGCCUGGCUGGGAUCUUCGCUGCUCUUGCCAUGGUCAUGUCCAUGGCCAGUGGUGUGGAUGCCCAGACCUCCGCCCUGGGGUACUUCAUCACGCCCUGUGUGGGCGUCCUCGUAUCCAUCGCGUGUUACCUGAGCCUGCCCCACCUGGAGUUCGCCCGCUACCACCUGGCCAAGAAAUCAUCGCUGGCUCAAGGUCGGGAGCUGGAGACCAAAGCGGAGCUCCUCCCGUCUGACGAGAAGAACGGGAUCCCCAACAGCCCUCAGAAGGCAGCCCUGAUUCUGGAUCCGGACCCCGAGAAGGAGCCGGAGCUGGAGCCGGAGCCGGAGCCGGAGCCGGAGCCGGAGGAGCCCCAGAAGCCAGGAAAACCUUUGGUUUUCAUCGUCCUCCGAAAGGUCUGGCUGACGGCGCUGUGCCUUGUGUUGGUCUUCACAGUCACCCUGUCCGUCUUCCCCGCCAUCACAGCCAUGGUGACCAGCUCCGCCGGUCCCGGGAAGUGGAGUCAGUUCUUCAACCCCAUCUGCUGCUUCCUUCUCUUCAACAUCAUGGACUGGCUGGGGCGGAGCCUGACUUCCUACUUCCUGUGGCCCGACCAGGACAGCAGGCUGCUGCCCCUGCUGGUGUGCCUGCGCGUCCUGUUCAUCCCGCUCUUCAUGCUGUGCCACGUGCCCGAGAAGUCCCGGCUGCCCGUCCUCUUCUGGCAGGACGCCUACUUCAUCACCUUCAUGCUGCUCUUCGCCGUUUCCAACGGUUACCUGGUGUCCCUCACCAUGUGCCUGGCGCCCAGGCAGGUGCUGCCCCACGAGAGGGAGGUGGCCGGUGCCCUCAUGACGUUCUUCCUGUCCCUGGGGCUGUCCUGCGGAGCCUCCCUCUCCUUCCUCUUCAAGGCGCUGCUCUGAAGGUCCCGGCCGGGGCUCCGCCAACAGCUCUCUCCUCUCCGCCCGGCCGGCGCGGAGACCCCAGCCCGGAGGGAUGGCGAGCCGAGCUCCAGGUCUGCGGGUGCUGGGACGAGGCGGGUGCUGUCUCCUCCCCAGGCUGCUGGCGGCCCCCCGGGGGUACUGCAAGGGAGAAUUCACCGCCGGUCAUUCCAGCCCUCGCCCAGGACGGAGGCGACACCCAGAGACAGACUACCUGGGCGCACACGAGAGCGCCUUGAAAGGAGGGCAGUCGGGGAAAAGAGGGCCAGGGGCUGUGGCCCUUGCUCGCCGUCAGGAGCACAUGUACAUGUUCAUCACAAGAAACAAACCCGCUCAUUGAGGGGCACCAGAGGCCACAGGCAGCCACUGGCUGAGGGAGUGGCUGCUGGGCCAGCCCAGGGCAGGAGCUCGGCAACCUUGCGGUCAAGCCUCGGACCCCAGGACAGGAUAUGCCAGGGAGGCUGAGGGGAGCAGGGAGAAGGAAAAGGCGUCAGGGGGCUGAGGGCACUCCAAGGACCCUCUGGGCCUCAAACAGUAUUUUUGCCUGCCUGCGUGCGCUGUGCCACGCAGCUGGCAAAGCCCUCCCACGCCCGCUUUCUCUCAAAGUGGAGCUGAGGCCCUCAGAAGGAGCCAGGCAGGGACUGUACCCCGCCCCCCGCCUUCGUACAGGUGAGGAAACUGAGUCCCGGAGGAAAGUGACCGGUCUGUGGCAGAGCCGGGACCCAGCCCCCAGCCCCCGCCUCCCUCCUCGAAGGUGCUGUUCUUCCCGCCCCUUCCUGCUUCUCUUCCUCAGGGGGCUCAAGGCAGAGCUCCAGGCACUUACUCCACCUUUUUUUUUUUUUUUGAGAGAGUGGGGCAGGAGGGAGAAGGAGGGAUCAGAACAGCACGGUGAGCCCUGAUCGGUGUGGCUCAGUGGGUUGGGCAUGGUCCGCAGAGCGAAAGGUCACCAGUUUGGUUGCGUCGGGGCACAUGCUUGGGUUGCAGGCCAGGUCCCUGGUUAGGGGCGUGCGAGAGGCAACUGAUCAAUGUUCGGGGACUGAACCCCCCGUCGCAGGCAUGUACACUGACCGGAAAUUGAACCGGCGACUUUUCAUUUUGUGGGGCAAUGCCCAGUGAAGGGCUCACUCCACCUUUUUGCCGUUUUUUCUCUCUGACCCUUCCCCUGGGUCUAAUAACAAUCCUCUUCGUUUGUAUAAUGAA